AUAAUGAAAAAAUAGAAAAGAAAAAGAAUUCCCAUCACUUUAGUGUAAAGAGCAGGAGCAGGAGAAGGGUGUUUACGUUCAGUCUGGAGUUUUUUUAAUCCUUAUCGCCCCGCCUCCUUUUCUCCUCUCGUCCAAUGAGCGUGCGUCAUCCCUGUCGGGCCUCAGAGCUGUGAGUGCGUGCCUGAGACGGAGAGAGAGAGAGAGAGAGAGAGCGGUGGGGGAGGGUCACGUGUGUACACACCGUAGAGUUCAGCACGAGUAAAGUCUCCAGCGUCCUCCCCUGUUACUUUUUUUUUUUUUUUAGAGAGAGAGAGAGAGAGAGAGAGAGAGAGAACAAGCUCGGUGCGGGACGAAAAACAAAAAACGAAACUCCACCAUAUGUGACGUUAUUUACGGGAACUAUAACACCUUAACGGACAUCCUUGUGCCUGGGUUCGGAUUUGUUUGUUUUUACGUGAAGUUGUGGAACAGCAGGUUUCAUAAUAUGGGAGAAGUUGUGUGAAGAGUGUAGAAGAGGAGAGAGAAAUGUCAGUGGAAGUUAAGCAGGACCCGAUGCCUCCAUAGGUGCAAGAAACCAGUCCUGUUAUCGAUCCAGUGAGCCGGAGUGGAACGCAGAGGUGUCCUCGCCAUGUGGAGCUGCAUGGUUUAUAAUGAGACAGAAGGCAGCACGGACCUGGCUGUAUGCUGGGACUUGGGCCUCGCUCUGUCCAUCUUCUCCUUCUUUUACCUCAUUGUGUGCUUCCCCGUGGGGCUGUGUUACAACGCCCUGUUGGUAGCAGUGAACCUCUCCAACAAGAUGUCCAUGACGAUGCCGGAUGUCUACUUUGUGAACAUGGCUAUCGCUGGGCUCGUGUUGAACCUGGUGGCUCCGGUCGUGCUCCUGGGCCCAGAUUUCACGCAGUGGCCCGCGUGGGAGCAUAACGAUGAGGUGUACAUCACCCUCCUCAUCCUGUUCAACAUCUCUUCCCUGGUUAUCAUGUACUCAACAGCAUUGCUCAGCCUGGACUAUUACAUUGAGCGGGCACUGCCACGCACCUACAUGUCUAGCGUUUACAACACCAAACACGUGUGCGGCUUUAUUUGGGGUGGCGCUGUCCUUACUAGCUUCUCCUCGCUACUCUUCUACGUGUGCAACCAUGUGUCAGCAAAGAUCCUCGAGUGCUCCAAGAUGCAGAACAAAGAGGCAGCCGACGCCAUCAUGACGCUCAUCGGGUACGCCGUGCCAGCCGCCGCCGUUCUCUACGCCCUCUGCCUCAUCCUGCGUAUCCGCAAGGAGGCCACGCCCUUGGACCAGGACUCGGGAAGGAUGGAUCCUUCGAUCCACCGGCUGCUGCUGGCGUGUGUGGGCGUGCAGUUCGUCCUCUGGACACCUUACUACACCACACUGCUGCUGCUGACGGUGGUUGACGUGCCCCGGAUGCAAACCGCCGGCGUCUAUGCCUUUCUGAGAGGCUUUUCGCAGCUGCUCGCCUUCUCCAGCAGCUUCGCCAUGCCACUCAUGUACAGGAAGAUGAACAAAAACUUUGCCCACAAGCUCCAGCGGCUGUUGAAGAGGCUACAUUGUGGCAAGCAGUCGUGUCCUCAUGAACACACUGUCAUACAGCAGGUGAUCACGUGAGGAUCUGGUGAUCGGCGCUUUAUGGCUCUUUAUUGGCACUUGCUGCACAAACCACGGACCUCACAGAAACUGUGGAAUCUGUCAUGACGUGUAACUUUUUUAUUUUCUUUUCUGUUUGUUGGCCAAGAAUGGAGAAGGAAACCAAUCCGAUGAGCCCACUCUCUUGAAGGGAAACUUGAAAUUAAAUCUGGUAGCAGUCUGUUACAGGAUCUUACAUAGGCUUUUAUUUUAUGCUUUGUGACCAACUUGUACUCAUUUAGCUGAAAUGAUUGAUUGAGGCUUCUAAUGUUACCCACAGUGCUUGGUUCUUGGAGCAUUAUCGUAACUCAUAAUGUUACAAUAGUAGAAAACAUAGUUAAUUAUAAAUAUCUCCGAUUAAUACAAGCCAGUGAAC